AAAUGGCACGCGAACUCCGUGUACGAUGCCAUGUACGUCCGCCUUGACCGACUGAAUUGCCACGACUGCGAAAAGAAUCACGUUAGGAUACUGCGUCGAACGCUGAAGCUCUGCACUGAAGUACUGAAGUACUCACUUGGAGCAAAGCUUAUUCCCAGUUUCACUGAUGUUCCUUUCUUCAGCUCGCACAACUUCGGGUUCAAGCACGUUCCUCCUCAUUUGGGCGUCGGAGCCAGUACCUGCAACCGCAGGAUCAUGCACAAGUCCCCGUUCUUUGACCUGUCUUCACUGCGAAGCACCUGGGCAUCCUUCGACGGUUGUCUGCCGUUGGCAUACAGCUGCCAGAUCGACGUUCCGCUGAUCUGA